AUGGUUGAUGUGAGUGGUUUUAAUGCUGUUGGAUUAGAAAAAAGGAAUCCAUCCGUUAAUUCUCUAAAUAGCAAGAUCAGGCCAUCCGCCGCUGCCGCCCCAGCUGCCGCCGCCAUCCCCGCCGCCGAUGUUCAAGAAUCCAUCAGACUGAGGGUCCACGCUCUGACCCGAGCCCGGAUCGCAAAACAGAUCGCUCGUCUGCAAGCUGGGCCCACCGGGCCCAAGCCCAUCAAGCAAACCACCAUACUGGGCCCCGCCCGACGGGCCCGCCAACAGAGAGCUGAAACUGCCGCUCACCUCCGCCAGAUUACCAAAAUGCCCCUGCCCGAAAUCGUCCAGCUUCAGGGGCAGCGCCCCGCAGUCGUCCUUCCCGACCCCGCCGCCGCCGGCCGCCGUCAAAUGACCCAACUGCCCCUGCCCGAAAUCGUCCAGCUUCAGGGGAAGCGCCUCGCUCUGCCCACCGGACACCUCGAAAUUACCGAACUGCCCCUGUUCGGAGCCGUCGGCUUUGGGGGCCAGCGGCGCCUCGUUCCUCUCCUCCGGAGCCGUCCGCUUGGCGGCGGCGGCGGCUGA